GUCGACGUUUGAAUGUUGUGACACUUCCCAAUUUGUGUUUAUUUUCUGGAUAGCAUAAGAAUGGCUUAAAUAUAUUUUUUCGUUUAAUUAUGUAGCUAGGAAUAUAAUCAGAAAGGAUGGCUAAUCACUACGAAGUACCUAAUUGGUAUGAAUAGCAAUUCUUCUUGGGGUGCGAAGUCGUUCAUUAUUUUUGUCUUCAGGGCCGGAAAACCUCCAGUGGGACUGCACUUGGAUGUCUUAAAGGGCGACAAGCUCAUCCAGAAACUGAUGAUAGACGAGAAAAAGUGCUACCUUUUCGGAAGAAACGCUCAGAUGAAUGAUUUUGCCAUAGACCACGCAUCCUGCUCCAGGGUACAUUCAGCCUUUGUUUGGCAUAAACACUUGAACAGGGCAUUCUUAGUUGAUUUGGGGAGCACACAUGGGACAUACAUUGGCAAAUUGCGACUGGAAGCGUACAAACCGACACAGUUACCUAUCGAUUCAAGCUUCCAUUUUGGGGCGUCUACGAGGAACUAUAUCAUCAGAGAGAGGCCCCAGACUGGUAUCAGACCCAUAAUAGAUGAGAUCGAGAAAUCUGCAGAAGAAUCGGAUGGCGGACUUCUAGGACUGCCAGAAACUGAAACAGAACUUGACAACUUAACCGAAUUCAAUACUGCUCACAAUAGAAGAAUAUCGAUGUUGGGGAUAUCGGAUGAUGCCGAUAAAAGGCUGACAAGAAAAAGAAAAAGGCAAUGCGUAACAUUUAAUGAGGAAGAAGAAAUCAUAAAUCCGGAAGAUAUCGAUCCUAGCAUAGGCAGGUUUAGGAAUUUGAUACAGACCACGGUUGUCCCAACGUCGGCGAAAAGGAUAAAAAUUGCUGAGAGCAUGGGCAUCCAAAAUUCCGAGUUCCGCAUGCCAAAACCGUUGAAUCAUCCAGUCAGCGUGGCGCCGGAUUUGUAUAAUGAUUUACCGCCCGAGUCCAACCCAACCGGUGGUACUUUAGGAAUAUAUGGUACUUUAAGCUCAAGAUUAGGUAUGAUUUUACCGAAUCCAGCUCCGGACGUAGAAAUAGGCAACGCCUAUCCGAAUUCCGGAAAUUAUCCAGCGCAACAAGCCAUGCAAGAUCCGAUGGAACCGAAAAAGAAAAAAUACGCGAAAGAGGCGUGGCCCGGCAAAAAAACUAUGCAGACACAUUUAUUGGUUUAGUUAUGUUUUAAUAAUUGAACCGAACAUAGACACUGACGUUUUUUGUAAUUCUUUAUUGUCGUCAUGAAAAAUUGGGUGUCCGGUGUUAAGAUUAAUCAGGAAUAUUCACUUGCAUGUGAUGGUACAACUGGUAUCUUUCACAAAUCUGUAAUUUUUUUAAUUUUUGAAGCGUAUUCCCCCUACAGCCACAACAUAUUCAAAUCAUCUCUAAACAAAAGCAAUAAUCAAAUUUAUCCUCAUUCUUACACCAAUUAGGUUUUCGGCCAUAACAUUUUUGCUAUAAGUCGGAUCUUUUACAUGUGGUCUCAUUUUGGAGGACUCGUAAAUACCUAAAAAUCUUAUAUGAUGAGUUUUUUCGUUCCUGCCACACUUUCGAUUGAAUCCGAAAAAACACGUUUUCUCAUUCUUUGUUGUCGACUAGAAAGUUUUCGCAGAAAAAUUGUUGUUGAUGUUUCAAAAUGUAGGAAAUUUCCUCAUUUGUAUAAAAUGUCUUCUUUGUUGUUCAUAUCCGCGAUGUGCUAUAAACGGAUCCUCUUGAAAAUAAUGAAGAUAAAAUAAAAAAGCGGCAAAUGCCUUUGAAUUGAUACACUCUUUAUUUGGUGUUAGUGCUUGGAUUUGAACAUAUACAAGGUAAUCCAGAAAAUGGUGGAGAUAAAAGGAAACGAGCAAGGCUCUUAAAUUUGCUCGCUGACCGAGAUGUAUGAUAUUGUUAUAAUUUAGAAAUAAAAUAACAUUCAUCUACCACUGAUUUUUUUUAAGCAUCUAUAUCAAUUGCAUGUUUGGAUAGGUUAUUUAAUUUUGUACUUUUUUUGAAGCAAAAUUGCGGGUAAAUUGCAUAUAAAAAAAUCCAUCUAACUGUACUUGUCCGAAGUCAGUGAAGUUUGGCGUUGGAAACUUUAGGUAGUGCAUAUUUGAAUAGAGUUCAUGUUUUGCGCUUAUCGGGAUUCGUCAGUGGCGCAGAAAUUUCCAACACCCUGUAUCUCGGUAAUGGGAGACAUUAGGACAUAUAUGAUCUUUUAUUUUUGGAUGUACUUUAUUACCUAGCCAUAUUGCAACCUUUCUGAAUCAUGCAACUCAAAUCAAUAUAAUCUAAUUGUACAAGAGUUUAUUUUUUCUGGUACAUAAUUUUAUUGUAUAUUGUAGUUUUAAGAUCGUAUAAUUUAUAAAUUUAGAGCCAAGAAACUAAUUUAUAUUUCUCAAAUUUUUAAGACACGGCCGAUUUGUGUAAAAAAAAGAAUAAACUGCUCAUGAGGAGCGAGUUUUUAUUCAAAUUUUGUAUCUAAUAAAUAUUGGUUGUCAGACACUUCAAUUUUUUCUUCGGCUAUGAACAUUUUUUGUUAAAUCUUUUAGUGCAAGAAUAAAUCAACUUCAAUGUUUCGCUUUUUUAUUUAUUGACGAAAAGGUAAGGAGUUCACUCAAGAAUUCAUCUGAUCUUUAAAUGACCUUAAAGGUUAU